AUGUCGACGACCGACCUCCCUAGCUACCCCGUCACCCCGCCGACGUUCCAGCGCACGCCGACGUACACUCACGAACCCCGCGCGGAGGAGCAGCGGCUUGCAUACUCAGAUCCCGUCCGCACCCUGCGCGCCCGCUUCGACGGCAACUUCGUCAAGCAAUCCCCCAAAGGCGGCGUCAGCCUCCGCCUCACACAACAGUUGGAUGGGGCCUCCCUUCCCCUUUACGGUCAUGGCGCCGCCGUCGAGGGAUUUGUCGAUCUCGCGCAGAUCGAAAACGUCGACAGUGUCGAAGUGAAGAUCGAAGGCUGUCUGAAGAUGCAGGAACUGGCGGAGAUGGGCAAGGCGUUGCACACGCUCUGCCUCGACAAGGCCGUGCUGUGGCGCAAGGGCACCAGCCCUUCAUGCCCUGCUUCGCUCAGUUUCAGUCUCCGGCUACCACCCACCUUCUCCGAUGGAAAGGACAACUAUCCCCUUCCGCCGAGCUACGAAUGUAAGAUGACCGGAGUUCCGGGCUUCUACGCCAGCACCACCUACUCUGUCACCGCCUCCGUCGUCCGUAGCAAAGCCUCCCUAUUCGCACUUGGCAGCACAGCGAUUGUUUCCACCCCCUUCGUCUACCUCCCACGAACGCGACCCGCAGCGCCGCUCCCCGAGCCACUUCUAAUGGACCACACCUUGCGUGGCUUCCCCGACUGGCACCCGGACUGGGCAGUCUUCAAAACCCAACUCGAAUGCAAUGUCCCCGACCGCGAACGGUACAUCCAAUGCAAGCUGCACGUACCGAACACGCGCAUCUUUGCCAUCACGGAGUCGAUUCCCUUUCACCUCUCCUUCGCCUCGCGCGCGGACACGAUGGCCACCUUCCAGCCCUUCGCGCCCCAUAUAUCUGGCGCGUCUGCCAGCUACGGUGGUCCGGCCGAGCUCCCGCCGGCCAAGUCGCGCGAGAAGGUUCGCGUCCAGCUCCUCCGGCGGUCCUACUGUGACGUACGAAACGAGGGCGCAAACGGCGCAGGACGAGAUAUGUGGAGGACCGAUACGAUAGGCGAAGCCAUCUUCGACAUCGCGGGCGAAGGUCCAGAAUGGCGCGCAUACGACGGCCAUAUCGUCAUCAGCGACUCGGUCAAAGUCGCCGGCUUCAAGGCCGGCGGCCUGCACGUUCGCGACUACAUGGUGCUGGCGAUGACCCCGCUCGACCCGCCGCGGACGGCGAAGACGAUCCUACGCGAGGAACAAAAGGCGCCCUUCCAGCCCCUUUGGGACGCUUUCGAAGUUCGGCUCACGACCGACCCGUGGGGCAAGGGCGACGAGGUUGAAGCUAGACCGGAUUAUGGGCGCGGGGAGGUGCACCGUGGCGCCGAGUUUUAG